UUUAACAUUGAUUGGUGUAUACAAAAAGUAUUUAGUCUAAAUUUUUUUUUCUACGAGAUAUAAUAAAAAAAAAAAACAAAAAUGAAAAUGUUAAUGAGAGCGGACACGCACUAUAGUAUCGUUGUGAGUGGUAGUGAUUAUGAAAAACCAAAAUAUACCUUUUCACAGAUACUGGCUGCCGUUGCUGUUUCGAUGGGAUCAAUGAUUAUUGGGUUUUCAUCAGCUUACACGUCACCAGCUUUAGUGAAAAUGGAAAAUAGUACAAGAAUAUCUAUUUCUGAAGAAGAAGCAAGUUGGGUUGGAGGCCUCAUGCCUUUAGCUGCAUUAGCGGGAGGAAUAUUAGGAGGACCUUUGGUAGAUUACAUCGGUCGACGCAAAACAAUACUCAUGACAGCAAUUCCUUUCUUCAUUGGAUGGAUGUUAAUAGCCACAGCUAAAAUUGUUCACUUAGUAUUAGCUGGUCGAGCUAUAUGCGGAGUGUGUGUCGGUAUCGGAUCAUUAGCUUUCCCAGUCUAUCUCGGCGAAACAAUCCAACCUGAGGUCCGUGGGACCUUAGGGCUGUUUCCGACUGCUAUUGGAAAUAUUGGUAUACUUAUUUGUUACGUAGCUGGAAAAUAUCUUGAUUGGUUUGAACUUGCUUACUUAGGAUCAGCUCUUCCCAUUCCUUUCUUGUUACUUAUGUUUAUGAUCCCUGAAACGCCUCGUUGGUACAUAUCUCGCGGUCGGACUGAAGAAGCGCGUAAAGCAUUACAAUGGCUUCGAGGUGCUAAUACUAAAAUUGAUAACGAAAUGCGUGAUAUAGCUUUAUGCGAUGCAGAAGUAAAAAAUGACUCUUCAUUUAAGGAUAUUUUGAGCAUGAAGUAUAUGAAAGCAAUAUUUAUAUGCUUAGGACUUAUGCUUUUUCAACAAUUAUCGGGUAUAAAUGCUGUAAUAUUUUAUACGGCAAAAAUAUUUCAAAUGUCUGGGAGUUCUGUUGAUAAACAUUUGUCUACAAUUAUUGUUGGAUUGGUAAAUUUCAUUUCGACAUUUCUCGCUACAGCUCUUAUUGACAGAACUGGUCGUAAAAUAUUACUGUAUAUAUCAUCUGUAACCAUGACUGUGACAUUAAUAGUUUUAGGAACAUUUCUUUACAUCCGUGACAAUUUACACGUAGACGUAUCUAAAUUAGGUUGGCUUCCUUUAACUAGCAUCAUGGUCUAUUUACUCGGUUUUUCUUUGGCUUUUGGACCAAUACCAUGGCUAAUGAUGGGUGAAAUUUUACCCGCAAAAAUAAGAGGAGGAGCUGCGUCAAUAUGCACCGCUUUUAAUUGGCUAUGCACAUUUAUAGUAACAAAGACAUUCUAUAAUAUUUUAGUUGCCAUUGGCCCAGCAGGGACAUUUUGGUUGUUUGGUUGUAUUUGCUUUGUUGGUUUAUUUUUUGUCGUGGUAUGUGUUCCAGAAACUCGAGGAAAAAGUCUUGAGCAAAUUGAAAAUAAAAUGACUGGAAGAAAAGCGAGAUCUCGUAGGAUGAGUUCUAUUGUAAAUAUAAAGCCACUUCCAAGUGGCUGCUAAAUAUUAUCUAUAUUUUAUGUAUGUGUACUAGUAAAAAUUACAUAAUUCAUUAUUAAGAGAGUAAUGUAACAUGAGAAUAGUUUUCAUUUUGAAAAGGUACCAUGUAAUUACCUACUUCUCUACAAUUUAAUAAGUAACAGUUAAAAAGUGGGCCCUAUUAAAUUAGCUUUAAUCAUAGCAGUUUUAUUAUAUAGUUCUGUUAAUAUUUUAAUCAAUGAACAUUGCAUGGCCAGGAUUUUAUUCUUGGGUAAACCAUGAAAGCCUCCAGAAGGAUAUUAACUAAACAGGGAUUUUUUCUUAAAAUGUUAUUUUAAAUAAAGAAGACAAAUAAAUGGUCUACUACACAUACAGAGUAUCCAUGUUGAGUUGUUGCUAGGAAGAGUAAUUUUUUUUACAAUAUUCACUUAUUUUCGGUAAAUGUCAUUAUUUUUCUAUCUAUUUAUGUAUAUUAGAAAAAUUUGUUUCUUUAUUAAAGUGUUAGUUUAUUAAGUACUUAAAAGUAGUCAAUCUGUGUUCAUAAUUUGGCACCGGCAAUUCUAGGGGGACAGAUUCUAUCCACCUUACCUGGCUAUAAAUAUUUUAUCAAUAAAUAUAAUUUUCAUGAAUAAGAGUUUUCUAUAAUCACAGAUAUUUUUUGAGUGAAACAUAUUAUAUUUUUUUUAUAUAUCUGAUCUCUCAACACUUUAGUUUAGUGACUGUAUAAAUGACUAAAGAGUGGCACCUAUCCAAAUACAUAAAUCUUGAAUCUUACUAAAAGUAAUAUGAGUAGUAUAGUCUUCUAGAUUUAAAAGUAGCUCCCUCUUUGUAUAAAAUCUGCAUAAUCAAACAAAUAUUGUUAAUUGGAAAAAUAUCUAUCUGCUUAAUACUUUAUCAGAAAACAUAGAACUAAUCGUAACAAAAAUCGACAUAAAGGUAUCCAGACAGAAAUUGUGGAAUCUGUGGAUUAUAGAUGUCGCAGAAAAUUCUUACACUAUUAAUAAUACUAAAGCUUGUCAUAGAAUAUCGUAAACUUCUUAAUAGUAAAAAUAUGGUGAAUUUCUUUUAAUUUAAGAAAAUAGACAACUAUAUAGAUAAUACAACAACUAUUUUUGUCUCAUUUUGAAGAAACUCUGUCUUGAAAUAGUUUUGCAUUAAGAUAUAAUCAUAUUUUUUUUUUUAUAUGUACUUAUGGGUUAAAUUAUUGAGAACUUGUUUAUGUAUAUGAUUCUCUUUUCACAUGAAACUUAAGGAAUAAUAAACAAGGAUCAGUUAGAAUCUCUAGAAUUACGAGGCCAUAGGAGAUUGAAUAUAAUAUUUGUUUUUUAAAAAUUUUACGUGAGCAAUAAUUUCAAGAUUUUUUAAUGAACAUGAUUUGUUUUUGAGACAUAAAAAGUCCGCUUUAUGCAAAUAGUAGCAACCCACAAAAACACUAAUACCAAGUUAACAUUUAUUAGAGAAAACCAGUGUUAUGAAAUGAAAAAUAAUAUGCAUAACAUUAUUGUUAUUUAUUUAACCAACACUAUUCUGCAUAAUAAAGUCUAAAAAUAA